AUGCGAUCGUGGGUGCAUGAGACUGAGAUCCCUGAUUUCAUAUCGUUGUUACUGAGACUUACACUUGCGUUGCGUGGGGUGCAAGUGCAGCGAGCCCGCCGCGACCGCGAUGGAGUGUGGCCUGGCGCCGCCGCACCUGCAUGCAACCGGUGCUCGAUCGACGGACCGGCCGCUUCUCGCCUCGGUUUUCUGCUCCGUGUCGGCUCUGGCCGCGGGGCCCGCCCGUCAUCGCCCGCUGCGGUGCCUCGUAGGCAUGCGCAGACCUUUCCCGGCUCCCCGCUUGCCGCUUUCAGCAAGGCCCGCGAGAACGCGCCUUCGCUCCCGGUCCCCGCCGCACCGCGCACCACGAGGCCACCACACGCCCCGCGCGCGGCCCCCGAGAGAGAACGAGACCGCGUCACGAGCGCUCUUGUCUUUUCCCUCCCCGCGACGCAACGCAACCCAUCAAUCCACUCGCUCGUCGCGGGCUGCGGCCGCGUCCACCCGGCGGCGCGCGAAGAAAACCCCUCGAAAGCAAAGCAGCCACACGAGCGGCGCCCCACGCCCGGAAGAAAGUUCGAAAGCAACCACGCCCGCGACGUGCAGCACAUGAACCCGCCGCCGCAGCGAGGCCGCUCGCGCUAUGCUGGCUCGGCGCAGGGCCAGCAGCUCCCGUUCAUCGUUGACCCCACGGAGGCGGCGGGGGCGGCCGUGAGGGCCUUCUUCCCGGCGCAUGAAGGGGCGGGCGGGGAGCCGUCGUCGUCGCCCGCGGAGCGCGCGCCGCCGUGGCAGCACCAGCGGUACGGUGGCGUGGGCGCCGAGAUCUCGCUGGGACACGCGCACGGGCAAGGGCACGGGAUGCGUCGUUACCAUCAGUUCGGCGUGGAGGGAAAGCAGGACCACGGCGGCGGUACGUCGUCGGGGUCGCUUCCGCGGCAGAGCAGCUCGCCGCCGGGGUUCUUCUCGCGCCCCGUUGUGGAUAACGGCUUUCCAAGUGCAAGAGUUGGAGUCGGAGGAGGUGGUGAGGUUCACCAUGCGAUAAAUAUCUAUAAGAAGACGAAGUCCCCCGUCGACUUAGCCAGACAAGAGAAUAUCACUGCCAGCAAUGUUGUCCGCUCCUUCUCCGGUGGGUUCUCGAUUGGAUCAUGGGAGGAUUCAAAUUCUAUCGCGUUCUCCAAUCCGACAAGCAAAGCCGGAAUACACAACAAGGAUGACAUCAUGUCCACCCUUAGUAAUUAUGAAUUACAGUUUGGUGCGACGAAGGAGACGGGUGUAGAUAAAUACCUGCAGAUGCAGCAAGACCAGGUUCCAUUCAGAGUGCGAGCCAAGCGAGGAUGUGCCACGCACCCAAGGAGCAUCGCAGAGCGGGAGCGAAGAACAAGGAUCAGCGAGAAGCUCAGGAAGUUGCAGGCCCUUGUGCCUAACAUGGACAAGCAAACGAGUACAGCGGACAUGCUGGACCUAGCAGUCGAGCAUAUCAGGGGACUGCAGAGUGAGCUGCAGGCUCUCAAGGAAGAGAAGGCGAAGUGCACCUGCCGCGGCAAUCAUCCAUCGAGGAACUGAUCGGCUAAAAUUGGUUCCUGGCAAUACCACAGGAUGGCACUGCACGCUUUCACACUGCAGGAAGGUAGCAGAUAGCAUAUAUACCGAACAACAACAAAGUUCCAGAGUUCAUCUAUCACCCUACCUUGAUAAGCAAAUCGGGCUAUAUCUCUCUUUAUUCAUACAGUUAAUGUUUAGCUUCGAGCUAGAAGUAGAUGUUGUGUCGUUUCAUAUGGAUAAGCUAGCAGAAGCAUCUCC